GAAAUGCUAGAUCUCGUGACGUCACCCAGCGUGACUGUAAAUAGAGAACAACCUGACAGUCUGAAGCUUAACCUUUCUAACACUUAUGCCACGGUUCCAGAUGACAUAGAAGGCAAUACCAAGACUGCACUCCAGUGUCCUCUUCAUCUCUGCUCUACAAAACACUAUCCCCAUAUAGUAGCGGUUCCAUCCUUUCCAACGAUGGCUGCAUAUGGACAGACUCAGUACAGUGCAGGAAUCCAGCAAGCUGCUACUUACACAGCAUAUCCACCACCUGCGCAGCCUUAUGGGCUACCUUCCUACAGCAUUAAAACAGAAGACAGCCUGAGUCAUUCACCGGGGCAAAGUGGGUUCCUUAGCUAUGGGUCUAGCUUCAGCUCAGCAACAUCUGCACAGGCUCCCUACACCUACCAAAUGCACGGUACCUCAGGGAUAUACCAGGGACCUAAUGGCCUGACAGGUUCUGCUGGGUUCAGCACAGUGCAUCAGGAGUACUCUUCAUAUCCCAGCUUUACCCAAAGCCAGUAUUCGCAGUAUUACAGCUCUUCGUACAACUCUUCAUACAUGUCUGCAAACAGCAUCAGUCCAUCAGCCAUCCCGACGUCAGCUUAUUCGCUCCAAGAGUCGUCACACAACAUCAACAGUCAGAGCACCGAAUCGCUUUCUGGUGAAUACACGACACCUGUAAAAGACACGGAAGCAGAGAGGCAGCACAAAGGGAGUGAUGGGAAGCUACGAGGGCGAUCGAAAAGAACUAACGAGCCCUCCCCAGCAGCCGACACUGAAAUUGAGCGCGUGUUUGUGUGGGACUUGGAUGAGACGAUAAUUAUAUUUCACUCCUUACUCACAGGAACCUUUGCAUCCAGAUACGGGAAGGAUACUACUACAUCUGUCAGGAUAGGCCUUAUGAUGGAAGAAAUGAUCUUUAAUCUUGCAGAUACAUACUUGUUCUUUAAUGACCUGGAGGAUUGUGACCAGAUACACAUAGAUGAUGUAUCAUCGGAUGACAAUGGGCAAGAUUUAAGCACGUAUAAUUUCUCAGCAGAUGGCUUUCACAGUUCCGCCGCUGGAGCAAAUCUGUGUCUGGGCUCGGGAGUUCAUGGGGGAGUUGACUGGAUGAGGAAAUUAGCAUUCCGCUACCGGCGGGUGAAAGAGCUGUACAACACCUACAAAAACAAUGUCGGCGGUUUAAUAGGAGCUCCUAAGAGAGAAACCUGGCUACAGUUAAGAGCUGAACUGGAAGCGCUGACUGAUCUCUGGCUAACACAUGCGCUGAAAGCUCUGGAUUUGAUACAUUCCCGGCCUAACUGUGUAAAUGUUUUGGUCACCACUACCCAGCUCAUACCGGCACUUGCCAAAGUGCUCCUGUACGGACUAGGUGUGGUCUUCCCCAUUGAAAAUAUUUAUAGUGCAACGAAGACAGGGAAAGAGAGCUGUUUUGAAAGGAUAAUGCAGAGGUUUGGACGGAAAGCUGUGUACAUCGUAAUAGGAGAUGGCGCUGAAGAGGAACAGGGGGCAAAAAAGCACAACAUGCCUUUCUGGAGGAUCUCCUGCCAUGCUGAUCUAGAGGCCCUGCGGCAUGCAUUGGAGCUGGAAUACUUGUAGCAUCCAGAUGUCUCGGGGGUGGUCUCAGCAUCCUUCUUGAAGACACAACCUAUUUUAUUGGCGUUUUAUGCUAUCACUGCAUUGGCCUGGG